CACUCGCUGGAGAGAGGCAAAGGGGUGAAAAGAUGGAGUGGAGGCCGGGAAAAAAGACCCAUGCACAGAGGAACCUCUUUGGCCCCGUAGACCAUGAGCAGCUGCAGCAGGAUUUCCAGCACAUGCUGCACAGCAGUAUCGAGGGAGCUCGGCAGAAGUGGAAUUUCGAUUUCCUCCAGGACACGCCAGCCGAGGGGCUUCUGCAAUGGGAAGAGCUGGAGGGCCACCAGGUGCCUGCCUUCUACCACAGCUGCGUGGUGGGGGAGACUCAGAGACCUCUGCAGCGCUUGAACUGGCCCCUGGGCUGGGAGGACAAGAUUCCGCACUUUGUCCAGGUGACACUGACUGAGAAAUCCAAAUCUUCAAAGAAAACAGGGGGCAAGAGGAGCCCAGAAGGGAAAAAACGAAGACAGACAUCUCUGACAGAUUACUACUCAGCAAAGAAGCGAGUCAAAACAAAUAUGCAAGCUGCUGCAAAGAAGUCAGCUCCUUGAACGUGAGCGUAGAAUUGUUCUGCACUGGGGAGCUCAGAGACGUCUGCCAAGUUGCCUCGACACUCAGAAACCACGUGCACAAGCUGUGGACACUUAGGGGCGUCACUCAGAAAGAUACUCAUGGCAGCAGCAAUGAAAAGUUUUCUGGGCACAGAAAAACUUUCAUUGGAAUGGGGUCAUUGGAAUCAACUGGAAUCAUUUGGAUGGGAAAUGGCUAGGCCUAAAAACUGGUGGGCAAGCUGGAGUGCUGCACCGAAGGCUAACAGUGUGACAUGCAUCAAAAAUAACUCUACAGGAGAAAGUGGUGAACAGUUGUAGCUGUAUAUGUGUAAUAAUGUGCUUGGACUUGUCUGUGUCGGGGGGGUCUUUUGUUUUUCUGCCUUUUCACAGCCUUUCUCUUGUUUCUACCAGUGAAUGCUGCAAGUUUUCACCAUCUCAGAUUUACAGGUCUGACAUACACAAAGGGUCCCAAUUCACCCAUGAUGUUUUUCAGGCAUAUAAUAUAUGCCUGUUUUCUUGCUUGCAGCUAUUUGGGGCGUAAACAACAGAAUUUGGAUGCCAAAUGUAUAUAUAUGUGGUUGGGGUGGAAAUGGAGAAAACUAAUAUUUUUCUUGGGAAAGUUUCCAUUUAUAUCAACAGUCAUUUAGCCCUGUAUGUCUGCCCUCCUAGAUCCAUCCAAGAAUUAGGUAGUUAAUCUUAAUUAAUAAGGGUGGAAAUUUGCUGGCAUAUUUUUGUGUCUUUGAAGUCCAGUUCUUAUCAGUUGGGCCAAAUUCACCCUUCAUGUUUAGUCAUGCUCUUCCAUCUAUGUCAGUGAGUUCACAUGGUGAAAAUUAAGACAAAAUGGGCUGUGCAUUUGUCCACAGUCUGCUGUCUGCCAGAACAUGCUAAGAAUGAGGGAAACAGUUACUAUGUUGUGCUUUUAUCCAUAUUGAUAGUAUUUCUGUGAAAAGAUAAAGGGCAUUAACAACACUGAAAUUUCCAUUGCUCUUGGUGUUGCAUGGACUGUUUUUUCUAGGGCACUUGGUAAGGUAUCCUUUUUCCACCACCUCCUUUCCAUUUCCCUUCCAUAUUACCCUGACUAGUUUGCAUAAUUGAGGUUUUACAGCACAUAAUAAUCAGUGGGUAAAGCAGAAAAUGAAACCUAUAAAAUAUACACUCUAAAUUAUACUGCUGCAUAUGGCCUGAAGAUGCAGAUUUAAUGAACACAUUUGGAAAGACCUCUGCAAAUGUGAGCAUUUUAGAACUUCAUACCAUGAUGGAACAUUGUUUUUUUGUCUCAAAUCUAUCCAGGCUAAGGCUUUUCUUGAGUAAUAAAAAUUAAUGUGCACACGCAUGUGUGUCAGCUGUACACAUGAGACACAUGAGAUGUGGUUUAAGGAAGCAGUACACUCCAUUAUAUGCAACAUCAGUAUGGUUUAGUCUUCCCCGACCCCCCCAAUAGGAAAGCUAGAGUGCUUAGAUGUAAAUGAUAGAUAGUUUGCACCAAGGGGCAGGAUGCAGUCAUUUCAGCCCUUUCUCUAUAUACUGCGAUAAAGGUGCUCAGCAAAAUGCAGAGUCAGGACCUUUUUUCCAGCCGCAUAGAGAAGUGACCCAUGAGAUACGUUUUUUUCUUUUAAAAUUUUGAUUUAGUAAGGAACUGUGGAAACAAAACUUGCCACAGCUGAUAGCAGAGGGAGUUUUAUCCAAAUGAAGCAGGAGGAGGGCCUGACUAGGUGACAAGUGCUGCUAGCAGUGCAUACAGUGUGGUUAGGGGACAGGCCCUACAAGCUUUUUAGCAAGCUGAGAUGUAGCAUACAGGUGUAGGGUUGGGCUUUUUGUAUGUCUGGUUGUUUUUGAUUUUACCUUUGCUUGUCUCUAGAACAGACCAAGGUACAUCUUUUUUUGUUCAUGUGCGGUUUUUUGUAAUUCAGAAAAAUAUCACAGCUGUUGCUCCAUGUGUCUGUGAUUUUAAAUCAGACCAGGGACACUGUGCAUCUUUGUUUUGUAAAAAUGUUUUUUAGCGUUACUUUCUGACCAAGAUGACAUGAACUCUGCAAAAAAGCGUACAAGUGUGCCUUGCACAAGGUCACUGUGAAGCUCAGAGUCUCUCUUUUUCUUUUAUUUUUCCCAAGGGGAAAAUGGAUGCUUCUUUUUACUAGCAAAAAUUAAUGACUAUUGAUGCACUGCUAUGCCAGUGAACCAGGAAAUCUAUUUUGGAACCAAUGUGAAAAAAAAUCCUAGCAGCUUAUACAUAUGUUUAAAAGUACAUAUUUGCUUUAAAUGCUUUGUGAUCAGGGCACUAGCAUGUCCUGGGAAUUCGUAAAACCAUUAUUUAAGCUAUUAACAAAUUAAACAUCACAUUUUUUGAUUCCCAGUGCAGAUAUGAGCUCUGUAGUGGAAUUUCAAUAUAUUCAGAGUAAAAGGUCAAGACCACAGUUUAGAAUUAGAUCUGUUGUUGUUGAGGUCUUGCUUGUGGCUGUUAUUUCUGUGCUAUGGUGAAAGAAGAAUUGUCUGCUGAUUAGACAGAGUGAUGUCUUUGCCGACUACAGAUUUGUUAAUAUUUCUUGGAAUGACUCAAUACUGGAAAUGGAGAUGGAAAGUGGGGAGGGGAGAGAGAUAAUGUUUUCAUGCUGUGUUUACAAUUGGAAGAUUCUUAUACUUUUACCAUGUAUACGCAUCCCUCUCCAGUAUACAUCAUUGCAGCUCUGCAGUCCUGUAGGGAAUCUGCUUGGGUUUUCAUUGAAGGAGAAUUGCAACCGAAGUGUUUUGCACUAGUCUGUUACUUUAUGGAAUAAAGUUACAAGCAGCUGCGUUGCCUACCAUUGCCUACCUUCGGCAUUCACACAUUUUGAAAGGCAAAGAAAAAUGGUUUCUGCAAUAUGACUACUGCAGAUGUGAGUGUGACAGCCAAAAAUGACAGCAAACCUCUGAUUAGUAUCUGGGCUCCUUCAUGAGGAGGGUGGAUGAAGUGUAUCGUCUUUUAUUUCAUCAAAUGUGGAAUAUUGUAUUAUUUUGUUCAUCGUGUAAAUUGCACUUUCUUGUUAAAUACAGAAUUCGUAAGGAGAUAGGUCAGUAUGUAGCAAAGCUAUGAUAAUAAUGAUAAUAAUGUUUAUUAUUACAUGGGUCUAAAACAUUCCCAUUCUUUAGGAGGGAAGGAGGCAGCAGACCUGCUUGAGAGAGCAGUACACAGGAGCUCUAUUCCACUUUGCUCCAUUGGCAGAUACAGCAUGUUGGACAUAGCAAAGCUUGUCCUGUAGCAGACUGCUGGUUUGUUGCGCGUGGACUCGGAUUGUUCACAUGGGUACACAGCCAAACCCCAAAGCUUUCUCAUAAAGAGGACCAAGGGAGAGAGUUCAGAAAGUGAAAUAAAUUGGGCAUUAAAGAAAUGGUAGCUGCACUGGUCACUGGCCUUACACAGCGGUCUUUGCACAGCAGAAGGAAAACCAAAAAAUAUUGUAAAAUACUAAAUUAUCAGGAAUCCAUUAAAUAUUGUAAUCUCAGUAUGCUGUAAAAUAGAUACAACUACAUCUACCUGAGCCAUCCUUCUUCCCUUAUCUGAAUAUAAACUGCAUACAUGACUCAGGGCCAUAUAUUAUGCAGCAGCCACAGCCUAGCUUCUACUGGUACCAUAGUAUGACCAACAUAUGCAUUAAGGAAGUAUGCAGUUCAGGAUUUUACCAUCGAAAUGUGUCCUAUGUGCAAAUGAGACAGAGUAAGUCCCAGAGCAGCUGCUGCACUUGCUUUAUGUUUUACACAAAUAUGGGAAUCAUCACUCAGGUAUGGAUCAUUCCAUUAAAUUUCCUUCCACAGCAACUAGAGAAGGUUGUUCCACUUGGGCAAGAGUGCGAGGAAAGGUGAGAUUCUACAUGCUUUAGUAAUUUUCAGGGUGAUGUAAAUACAGUUUUCUUCUACUUAAGCAAUUGCUCU